UGUUCAGCUUAAACUUUAUUGUACAAGAUAAGCAUAUCCAGGAACAGUCUUGUCCAUUUAAUCUUUUAAACAUAUGUUCCAUGACCUUAAACUGAGCGUACUCAGGAACGUGCUCCUAACUGAUCAUUCUGGAAAUGGUCGGGUUUCUAAAUGAAUAUGUUUAGACUCUCCGAUUAAAAUUCCCAGAGCACAGUGAUCCGCCUCCGUACCCUGACCCUCCUGCGCCAGAUCUUGCUCCAGUCACCUAUGUACACAGUUGGACCUGGACCAGGCAUACUAGGCUCCUCCUCGAAACCCGCCCAUUCUCAACUCUGAAGGAGCUGCCAGUCACACCCCUGCCCCAGGCUCUCUUCCAAGUUCUGCUCCGCCCGCCUAUUUGUCCCAGGGUCGGCUCACGGCCGGAGCUCACAUCCUGGCUCCGCCCUCAGCCCCGGGCUCCGCCCACGCCCGGAGCGCACCUCUGGCUCCGCCCCCUCACAGUUUCAGCUGGGCCUAAGCCUCCGAGCUCAGUUUGACCUCAGCAUCCAGCUAUGGCGGCAGUGACCUGGAGUCGGGCGCGGUGCUGGUGUCCGAGGUCCUCAGAUUACCAGUGACUAAACUGCACCUAGGCAGACCAGCCAUGAGAGCCACUCAGCAGGACUUCGAAAAUGCAAUGAACCAGGUGAAACUCUUGAAGAAGGACCCAGGAAAUGAAGUGAAGCUGAGACUGUAUGCGCUGUAUAAGCAGGCCACAGAAGGACCCUGCACUAUGCCUAAACCAGGUGUGUUUGACUUUGUCAAUAAAGCCAAGUGGGAUGCAUGGAAUGCUCUGGGCAGCCUACCAAAGGAAACUGCCAGGCAGAACUAUGUGGACCUCGUAUCCAGUUUGAGUUCCUCAUCUGAAGCCUCGAGCCAGGGAAAGGGUGGAGCUGAUGGGAAAGCCCAGGAGUCCAAGGGCAUCCUGGUAACGUCUGAAGGUGGCAUCACAAAGAUCACGUUCAAUCGGCCCUCCAAAAAGAACGCCAUAACCUUCCAGAUGUAUCAGGAUAUUAUACUCGCGCUUAAGAAUGCCAGCACGGAUGACACAGUCAUCACCGUUUUCACAGGAGCUGGUGACUACUACAGCAGUGGGAAUGACCUGACUAACUUCACUAGCGCCUCUGGGGGAAUGGAGGAGGCGGCUAACAAGGGUGCUAUAGUACUGAGGGAAUUUGUAAACACUUUUAUAGACUUUCCCAAGCCUCUGGUUGCAGUAGUCAAUGGCCCAGCUGUGGGAAUCUCUGUCACCCUUCUGGGACUAUUUGAUGCCGUCUAUGCAUCGGACAGGGCAACAUUUCAUACUCCAUUCAGCCACCUCGGCCAGAGCCCGGAAGCCUGCUCCUCUUACACGUUUCCGAAGAUGAUGGGCUCAGCAAAGGCAGCUGAGAUGCUUCUCUUUGGGAAGAAGCUCACAGCAAGAGAGGCUUGGGCUCAAGGCCUUGUCACUGAAGUUUUCCCUGAAAGCACUUUUGAGACAGAAGUCUGGACCAGGCUGAAAACAUAUGCGAAGCUCCCGCCAAACUCCAUGAGAAUUUCCAAAGAGUUAAUCAGGAAGAAUGAGAAAGAAAAGCUCCAUGCAGUUAACGAGGAGGAGUGCACUACUUUACGAGCAAGGUGGCUGUCAGAGGAGUGCAUCAACGCAAUCAUGAGCUUUGUUACCAGAAAGCCAAAGCUGUGAAGUCCACGACAAUGGCAAGACUCCUCACAAGAAGGACAGACUGUGAGUUCCAGUUCCAAGGACUUGAAUGGCACAUACUUCUCUGAGCCUUUUCCUGGAUUAACUUAGCAACUAUGAUGAGAUUGCUUCACAGCACUGAUAAAUAGAACUUUUCAUAAAUCAAGCCUUAAGAAUUCAUGUCUGGGGCUGGAAAGAUGGCUCAGUGGUUAAGAGCACUAACUGCUCUUCUAGAGGUCCAGAGUUCAAAUCCCAGCAACCACAUGGUGGCUCGCAACCAUCUGUAAUGAGAUCUGAUGCCUUCUUCUGGUGUGUCUGAAGACAGCUACAGUGUACUUACAUAUAAUAAAUAUUAAAAAGAUUUUAAACAAAA